GGGAAUGGGGCUUUAAAUGUUAUAUUGUUGUGAUUUAUUGAUUAUACUGUAAUGUAUAUUGUCUAUUUAGAAAUUCUUAACAGAUAAAGUUUAUAUAUGAUAAAGGACCGUUAGACUGCACUCAAUUAUUUAACCCAUACUAGUCAAUAUGUUUGCUGGACAGUCAACCGUCCUAAAUAUGUGAAUAUGAUGAUAACUGAAUUAUGGUGAGUGAGGAAUAUGCCUUAUCUUUAUUACUUAUAUCUACACUUCGAAGAAAUGGCAAGACGAGCGUAUUAAAUGGAAUGCGUCUGAAUAUGACGUCAGUUGUGUGGCUAUUUCCGAAGAUAUGAUUUGGAAACCUGAUUUAACUCUGGACAAUAACAUUGACGAAGAAUUCAAUCAGUUCCUACCAAAUACACCAGUAACGAUAUGUUCAGACGGAAGUGCAACAUACGCAGCGUAUUCUAUAUUUCGGAGUUCCUGUCACAUCAAAAUCAAGUUAUUUCCAUACGACUAUCAAACUUGCAAACUGCGAUUUUCUUCUUGGGUUCACAAUAUGUUCGAACUAGACGUUUAUCCGAAUCUACGAUCUCUGGAUCAGGAGGAACAGUUUGAUGACAACGGAGUGUGGGAGCUAAUUAGUGUGGAUGUAAGUCGGGAAGUGGAGGAAUACAAGUCAGGGUUUAACCCGUUUGUUUACGCCGUCUUUUCCUUUCAUCUCAUGCGACACCACGAGUUUCAGUUACUGUUUAUUUUGAUCCCUUACUUCUUCUGUUCCGUUCUCAUCUCUUUGAUGUUCUUCAUUCCUGUCGAGAGUGGUGAGAAGCUAUCGUACGGAAUCACAGCUGUGCUAGGAAUGAUCGUUUUCCAAGAAAUUAUUGCAUUUUCCUUGCCGCCUGUUGGAAAUGAACCCUCUAUUGUCGGAAAGUACUUCACUUCAGUGAUCUGUAUUGGAAUCAUAUCAGUGUUUGUGGAAAUUUUGGUUAACAACAUAUAUAUGCAAGGGAAUAUUUACAAAGCAUGCGUAUAUGUAUUCAAGUACCGCAAAGCAAAUACGAACGAACCCGGCGGUAAACACGAAGCAGUGGAAAAUCUACCAGAACAAGAUACCGCAGAAGCAGCCAUCAAACACACCACGGCUUUGCAAGAUUAUUGCGCUGUUUUUGAUUUCUAUUUUGGGAUUGGAGGUCUAAUUUUAAAUUUCAUAUUCAUGACCUGGUUUAUUAUAGCAAUUUAAUAGUAACACACUUAGACAAUAAUCUUUGUUUUCACUUCUGAUAAUAUAUAUUGCUGAUUGAUGACUUGUGACUAUCGGUUAUUAAACGACCCAAGUCAUUUGGGAACAAUAGUAA